AUGGAUGAUGAGUAUGCUAAGCUAAUCAGGAGAUUGAACCCACCAAGAGUUGUGAUUGACAAUGAUGCUCGUGAGGAUGCCACUGUUAUCCAGGUUGAUAGUGUCAACAAGCAUGGAAUACUCCUCAAAGUUGUACAAGUGCUUACGGACAUGAAUCUUGUGAUAACAAAAGCAUACAUAUCAUCUGAUGGGGAGUGGUUUAUGGAUGUAUUUAAUGUUGUCGACCAAGAUGGGAAGAAAAUCAGAGAUAAGGAAGUUAUGGAUUAUAUUCAAAGAAGACUUGAAAGUAAUGCUAGCUUUGCACCAUCAUUGAGAGGGUCAGUUGGGUUGAUGCCCUCUGAAGAGCAUACUGCAGUUGAGCUCACCGGUACUGACAGGCCUGGUUUAUUGUCUGAAGUAUGUGCAGUUCUCACAGACCUUCACUGCAAUGUGUUAAAUGCUGAGAUAUGGACCCACAACGCUAGGGCUGCGGCUGUAGUUCAUGUCACAGAUGAUUCCACAGGGCGUGCAAUUAUAGAUCCAAAACGACUCUCAACCAUCAGGGAAUUGCUUUGCAAUGUUCUCAAAGGAAAUGAUGAUUUGAAGACAGCAACUACAACUCUUUCACCCCCUGGGGUAACAAGUAGGGAAAGAAGAUUGCAUCAAAUUAUGUUUGCAGAUAGGGACUAUGAAAAAGUUGAAAGAGCGGGAUUAGCAAGAUUUGAAGAUAAGAGUGCAAGACCCCAUGUAACAGUGUUGAAUAUUGAGAAAGAUUACACCGUCAUUUCUAUGAGGUCAAAGGAUCGUCCCAAACUGUUGUUUGACAUUGUUUGCACUUUAACAGACAUGGAGUAUGUUGUCUUUCAUGGAAUGGUCAGCACAGGAAGAAUGGAAGCUUAUCAGGAAUUCUAUGUUCGACAUGUUGAUGGAUUCCCUGUAAGCUCAGAUGCUGAGCGAGAACGCGUAGUACAGUGUCUUGAAGCUGCCAUUGAAAGGCGAGCAUCUGAGGGACUGGAGCUAGAAUUGUGCACAGAGGACCGUUUUGGACUCCUCUCAGACAUUACCAGGAUAUUCCGAGAAAACAGUUUGUGUAUUAAGAGAGCAGAAAUCUUGACAAAAGGUGGUAAAGCCAUAGACACAUUCUAUGUCACAGACGUUACUGGUAACCCAGUUGACCCCAAGCUCAUCGAUUCAAUUCGCAGGCAGAUUGGACGAACCAAGCUGCUAGUAAAACACAACUCUAUUCUUUCCCCAAAGCCUCCUCCCCAAGAAACAACAAUGGGAUACAUCUUUGGGAACCUCUUUAAAGCUCGGAAAUUCAAAUUGAUUAGAUCCUACUCAUAA